AUGUCAUCCUCAUCUUCACCAGGCUUGCCUUACAGCAGAUCCAUCUCUCGCACUUUUUCCAUUCAAUCCAUCCCCCGCUCAGUUCUGUCAACCCCUAGUAGCGUAGGUGAAUGCUCUCCCCCUCGGGGUUUCGGCAGAGGUAAAUGCGAAAGAGUCAAUAUGGGCUCUCCAGAAUCGGUGCACAGCCGGACUACCUCCGGCGACUCACUCAUCCUCCUGAGGCACUUACGCCGGCAGGUCUCAGCUGCUUCAAUUCCUAUCUUCUUUGAAAAUAUUUCCCAGCCUCACUUGUCUACCGAUGAUUUCGAAGAAACCCUCCAACACGUCUCUGCUGACGAGGCGCAGAACGUUGGCAAAAGCUUGUUCGUCUCUCCUCAACUACUUGCUGCUGCUUUUGGGCAGAAUGAAUCUGCUGAACCAAAGCCGGUUGAUGAUCCAUGCGUCUCAUUCGCCACCUCCUUGGAGCGACCUUCAAACGCUUUCAUGCGUCGCCUUUCUUCUACCUCCGGCCUCACGAUGGAGUCUCUUUCCAGUGCAUGCACCACUGAACCACCAACACCUUCGGAUAACACCUUUACGAUGGAGCCAAGUGACCCUGAGUUGGUUAAAAGUGAUGGCUACGAUGAAUUCCAAUCUGUUCAUGGUACCCAUGCGACGAUGCCUACAGCUGACAGUAGUCACGCCACCGUUCACCAACGGACGGGCAGUGAGGCCAGUACGACCAGCGCUUUCACGAUUAGUGAGUACUAUGGAAGCCCUGAUUGUUCCGGUGAUACACACAUGGUGGCGUUGGAAACACUUGUAUCACCAAUCGAUACCACGCAGGCCAAGUCCUCCAAGGCACCCAGUGACAGUCUAACGCCAACAACUGACAGACGCCCCAAGGCGUCCAUUCGGGGGGUGGCACAGACUCCUGGUACCACCCCCAAGCCGAUAGCCUUGGCCCGCAAGUUAACCUUCAAUAUUCCGGCGAAGACGAAUCUAAGAAAGGAGGAUAGAGGUUCUGUAUCAGAUGAAGUAUGUGGCGCAGUAACUCGUUCAAUCGAGGAGUCUGGUGCAUCUCAAAUUCCGCCAGUCGGCCCGCUGCGCCAUGCAUCCUGCCCUUCUUCUCCCCCCUCCCAAUAUCCUGAAGACCAUAUCAAGCCUGGUCCAUCUCCCAUCCAAGCUCGUCGUCGCGCAAUAUACCCCCACACUCCUUUGGCUAUCGUUUUGCCAGCUCCCACGAGCAAUCCUCUACUGAGCCUCGACACCGACAGUGUGGCUUCGAGCUCUGGUACCGCCGAUAGUUCCUUCACUGGAAGCACCUUAGAUUCACCCUCAACAAACAUGUAUCAAAUCAUUCAACCUGAUCAAUUCUUUCCUUCCAAUGGCAUCCACCCUAUCACCCCCAAUACUGGUGACUCGUUUCAUACUUCGAACACGAACCAAAUCCCUUUCCACAGUCUCGACAAGAGCAUCCUUCACAGUAAUGAAGGUGAUGCACUACCUGUCGGAGAGCUCUUUCGCACCCUUCAGAUAUGGUUUGAUCAAGAGGGCUUCAGGGAGAUCGCCCCGGUAUUCAGAUUCAACUACUACAACCGCGAGGAUGACUUACUCUACUUCACCACCGAGCGGGUCGGCUAUCCCUUUCACUACGAUUCGAUGCAACAGGUCCCAGUACUACGCAAAGUCGUAGCACCCGACUACGAAGAAGCCUACGUCUUGUUGGAGGGUAAAUCUCACCGCAAUGCCGCAGGAAGGAGAGACUUCAUUAGUCGGCAAGCAAACCUCGACAUGAAGAACGCUGGGAAGUACGUCGUUGAAGAUAAGGAAGGCAAAGGUGGCAAGUGGAUAUGGCGAUUAGUGUAUGAGGUCGAAGAGCGCAAAAGUCUGAUGGGUAAACCAAUGCUUGGCGAAAGAGCUUUCAUUCCUAUCACCUUUGCUUGUUCCCCCGAGAUCCUUGACCCUAGCCAUGCUCGGAAACCCACUCUUCUGAACUCCAUCAUCAAAAACAUGGGUUCUAAGAAGACGGCUGUUGCCCUCAACUCCGACGGACGUCCGACCACUCGACCCCGAGGGAAGUCACUGAUGGGCUACCAUUCCCGGAAACUCUCCGAAUCAACUACCAGGCUUCUGCGUACCCCUCCUCGUCAUCAAUACCAGCCCAACCCACCCACAAGCGACUCGAUUCCCUCUCCAGACACCUUCCCCUCGUCGACAAGUGCCCAGUCAAACAACGACGAUGAGCUGUCCCGUGCCCAGGCACACUUCUUCAGGACCAUUGCACCUGCUUCGGCCAGCCGCCUACGGCCCAUGACGGCCUUUGAUGAGGAAAACGUCGCCAAGCGCAACCUCCGAAAAGCCAAGACGAACGAACAGCUUCGCCGUCCCUUCACAGCAGAUGCGGCUCGCUCAGGAUUUCCGGGCCGCACACAACCACCGCUACCGAUCGUCCCAGUCUUUGGCAUGGCUCCCCAGCCCUCCCGGGCAACUCCUCACACCGCCGGCAACCGAUUUCAGUCGCGGCCUAAAACGGCAGAUGACCGUCGGCCACGGACAGCCAAAUCACAGCUCGACGUCCGACGUAUCGCUGCCGCCAGCUUCUACACUCCGGCUUCCGGUUCACCCUAGCCCUUGCCCUUGGAAGUGUGCCUUUCAUCCAAAAGCUCGACGGCGAGCAGAAUCCAUUCGCACAUCUCUUUAUCUCAUCUGUCAUUGCUGAGGGCUUCUACGAAGCUCUCCCUCGUCCUCUAGCUCGUCUCUCCAUUAGUCAACCAUUUAAAAUCUGAAGGACACUCGUCUCGACCUUUCCCUCCCGUGGAGUUUAUCAAGACUUCUACUAUCGAGUAUCGCCCGUUUUGCGUAUUAGUGUUUAUCCAGUUGAAGGCCAUCUUAUUGUCAAUCCACCUUCAUCCAUCUUUCGCUUCCGUGUUGCAUAGUAUCAGCUCAUCAUAUCAUACCCAGACUGUACAUCCAUUUUCACUGUAUCUAAUUGCUAGCGAAGCACCUUUUUUCAAGCAAAAAACAGAACACUUACUCAUACUGUAGUGUGUUGUAAAAUCAGCUGAAUAUACAUCAACAUCCUAAAAAAACCAAAAAAAGCUGUUUCCAUACUGUUGAUUUCCAGUAUCAGUUCUGUAGUUCAGUCGAGAUCUCUUUCUGAAGUUGUGGCCCUUAGCAGUAAACAAUCUUUUCCUCACCUUUAU